UUAGCCUAGACGCUCAGGCCCGGUGCACGCGUGCGUGAGCGCGCCUGCGCCCCAGGGCUGCUGCAAGGGGAGGAGAGCCGCUGCCUCAGGAGGACCCCUUUCCCCCCAGAAAUUACUCAAUGCUGAGACCUUCCAAAGUGACAUUAGAGACAUUGGAAGCACCAUGGAUGGUUUUUAUGAUCAACAAGUCCCUUUUAUGGUCCCAGGGAAAUCUCGGUCAGAGGAGGGUAGAGGGCGGCCUGUGAUUGACAGAAAGAGGAAGUUUUUGGACACAGAUCUGGCUCAUGAUUCUGAAGAGUUGUUUCAGGAUCUCAGUCAACUUCAAGAGGCUUGGUUAGCUGAAGCACAAGUUCCUGAUGACGAACAGUUUGUCCCAGAUUUUCAGUCUGAUACCUUGGUGCUUCAUGCCCCACCUCCAACCAAGAUCAAACGGGAGCUGCACAGCCCCUCCUCUGAGCUGUCGUCCUGUAGCCAUGAACAGGCUCUCGGUGCUAAUUAUGGAGAAAAGUGCCUCUACAACUAUUGUGCCUAUGAUAGGAAGCCUCCCUCUGGGUUCAAGCCAUUAACCCCUCCUACCACCCCCCUGUCGCCUACCCAUCAGAAUUCCCUAUUUCCCCCGCCUGAGGCAACUCUGCCCACCUCGGCACAUGCCCCUGCAGCUGGCCCAGUACCAGGUGUGGGCCCCACCCCCAGCCCUCAUUCACUUCCAGAACCUGGACCACAGCAGCAAACCUUUGCAGUCCCCCGGCCGCCACAUCAGCCCCUGCAGAUGCCAAAGAUGAUGCCUGAAAACCAGUAUCCAUCAGAACAGAGAUUUCAGAGACAGCUGUCUGAACCCUGCCACCUCUUCCCUCCUCAGUCAGGAGUUCCUGGAGAUAAUCGCCCCAAUUACCACCGGCAAAUGUCAGAACCUAUCGUCCCUGCACCUCCCCCACCCCCUCAGGGAUUCAAACAAGAAUACCAUGACCCACUCUAUGAACAUGGGGUCCCAGGCAUGCCGGGCCCCCCAGCACAUGGAUUCCAGUCACCAACGGGAAUCAAGCAGGAGCCCCGGGAUUACUGCGUUGAUUCAGAAGUUCCCAGCUGCCAGUCGUCCUACAUGAGAGGGGGCUACUUCUCCAGUAGCCAUGAAAGUUUUUCAUAUGAGAAGGAUCCCCGGUUGUACUUUGACGACACCUGUGUUGUUCCUGAGAGACUGGAAGGCAAAGUCAAACAAGAGCCCACCAUGUAUCGGGAGGGGCCCCCUUACCAGAGGCGAGGUUCCCUUCAGCUGUGGCAGUUCCUGGUUACCCUUCUUGACGACCCAGCCAAUGCCCACUUCAUUGCCUGGACAGGCCGAGGCAUGGAGUUCAAGCUGAUAGAACCGGAGGAGGUCGCUCGGCGUUGGGGCAUUCAGAAGAACCGGCCAGCCAUGAACUACGACAAGCUCAGCCGAUCUCUACGCUAUUCCUAUGAAAAGGGCAUCAUGCAGAAGGUGGCCGGGGAACGAUACGUCUACAAGUUUGUCUGCGACCCCGAUGCCCUUUUCUCCAUGGCCUUCCCCGACAACCAACGUCCGUUCCUGAAAGCGGAGUCUGAGUGCCACCUCGGCGAGGAGGACACCCUGCCACUGACCCACUUUGAAGACAACCCUGCUCACCUUCUGGAUGUGGACCUCUGCAGCAGCCUCCCCUAUGCCGAAGGCUUUGCUUACUAAGUUUCCGAGCGGCUGAGCGGCCAAACCCUAGAGCUAGCAGUUCCCAUUCAGGCAAACGAGGGCAGUGGUUUUGUUUGUGUUUCUGGCUGUUCCCAAAGCUUGCCCUUUGAGUAUUAUCUGGAGAACCCAAGCUGUCUCUGGAUCGGCACCCUUAAAGACAGAUACCUUGGCGGGGGAGUGGGAACAGGGAGGGGCAGAAAACCACCAAAAGGCUGGUGCCUCAGCUCUGAACCUGACAAGGUUUCUG